AUGUCAUCCAUUGUGAAUCCGAAUGCACAAGACAGACAAAGAGAUGCCAAUUCCACCCUGGAGCCCAUGACACCGGAUCACGAGAAUAACCCUCAAUUCGAAGGGGAAGCCUUCUCAACUGAAUAUCCUGAAGGUGGUCUAUCGGCAUGGAUCGUGGUGGCCGGAGCAUCCAUGAUGAUGGCCUGCACAUUCGGGAUGAUGGGUACUGUAGGGGUUCUACAAUCUUACUGGGAGACACACCAGCUGCAAAUGUAUUCAUCCAGUGAAAUUGGAUGGAUUUCGUCCCUGUUUGUAUUCCUCAAUUUGUUGCUGGGUGUGCAAGUUGGUCCGCUGUUCGACCGAUACGGCCCGCGAUGGAUCAUGCUCAUCGGUUCCAUACUAUACACCUUGUCCAUCUUUCUGUUGGGAUCUUGCCAGGAAUAUUAUCAAUUCUUACUCUGUUUGGGUAUACUGGGUGGAGUUAGUAGUGCGCUUGUGUCAACUCCAUGUCUGGCUGUUAUUUCACAUUGGUUUCAUCGGCGCCGUGGCACUGCGACUGGCAUUGCUAUGGCUGGCUCAAGCCUUGGCGGCAUAAUUUUUCCGAUUAUCUUGAGACCAGCAUUGGAGAAACUUGGUUGGGCGUGGGCGCUCAGAAUGCUGGGGUUUAUCGUGUUGUUUUUCCUCGCUAUUGGGAAUAUGUGCAUCAAGAGCAGGUUCUCGGUGAAGACGCAAGGAGGAACUAUUAAAUUGGAAUGCUUUGCGGAUUCUCGAUUCAUAUGGGCCACGAUAGGCGCCUUCUACGAUGCGCUUUAUUAA